AUGAUAAUUCCCAUUUUUCUAAUUUUUUUUUUGGGAAAAUUAUGCGAAGGAUAUGUUUUAAACUUAAUUAAAGGAAGAUAUCAUAAUUUUAUUAUUCCAAACACAAAAUAUGCAGAAAAAAAACAAACAAUAAUAAAACGCCAUGUAUUUAGGAGUUAUAUGAAAAGACUGCGAAAUGCAACUGUUGAAAUUGAUAUCGAAAAUAGAAAAGAUUUAACAAAAAUUGAAAUCAUCAAAAUGUUUUUAAAAGGAGUAAGGGAAUGCAAAAAUGUCGAAAUUUUAAAAGAAAAAGCUAAAGGGCAUGUGCCACUAACAACUAAAAGAAAAUUAAUGAAACAAAAAAGAAUGAUUAAUUUGAGAAACCAUAUAAAAAAUGACAGAAUUAAAAAACAAGAAUAUGUUAAUCCCAAUCAAAAUAUUUUAAAUUUUCCAAAAAAUCAAAUAAAAAAUAUCAAUGCUGCUGUUUUAUAUUUUAAGCAUUAUUUUGGAAAAUACGAAAAUAAUGCGAAUUAA